AUGAACAAGCAUCCUCUCGAUCAACAGGAUGCUAAUGUCCCUGACAAGGACAGCUCCGACACCACCCAACCUCCUCCCAGUAAGCGCUCUAAGUUUCGCAUGCUCUUUGAAUCCUUGGCCUCGAUCUCGGCCAAGUCUUUGACUCAGUCGUUGGGCUCUCAAGAUCCCUCCCAGCAGUCAACUCAGUCAUUUGGUGCCUCUCAGGUCGACGACAAUCAGGGCAACCCUUUGUCAAUUGCGCAGACUGAGGGCCUUCUCCGCUCAGUCAUCUUCCCGGAGAACAUCACCAAACCCGCUGUCAAGACUGCAUUGCCAGGCCUCCAGGACCGCAUUGAAAGGACUGACCAAUUGCUCUAUUGCAACAUACUGCUUCGCCAGGAUUCAGUCGCUUCUUGGUCACCUGUUGCAAGCGAGGAAAUUGUGACUGGUGAUCUCGCCAAUGCUCCCCAGGAGCUGACUCUCGACAAGGCUGAACAAAACUGGCUGACAGAAGUCAAGGGGGACCCAAUAGGGCAGGAUCGUAUGCAAUGGUUCGUUACCAAGAUGGUCGAGGCGUUCAUCACGGACGCCACUAAGGACUCGACCAAGGUUGCCGAAGUUGUCGCCCUUGGACCUGUUUUGCAGAGAGAGCCCUACCGCAAGUUACUGUCAUCGUUCAUCGCCGACUUUGAUGAUUCUCGCAUUCUGAACGUCAACCUGCUCCAAGGUCUUGUCCAGCUAGUCCAGUCUGCCUCGCCUGGGUUUCUCGUUUCUGACGAUUUGGUCAAGGUCUUCAGCCUCCUCAGGACCCAUUUGGAGGGAACGCACCAGCACUCGUCUGAGCACCUUUGCCACCUCACAUCGGCUGUCUCCAGGAUCCUCGAUGUCAUGGCCGACCACAAGAUACAGGAUUUGGACCGAAUCAUGGAACACGAGCCAUUGUCUGCCGUUUUGUCAGGACUGAGGGACAGCUCUGAUCCCUAUUUGAUGUAUCAGGCUUGCUACGCUUUCCAAGCGCUCCAGUAUGUGCCUGAUUAUGAGACCGUUCUACAGGUGGUGUUGAGGCACUCGACUGGUAUGGUGGAUGGUCUAGUCAAGGUCACAUGUGUGAUGAAAUUGGAUUUGGGCUCAGUUCUAGAAGGACUGGAAAAGUUGCAGGAGAUAGCAGUUGGUGCGAUCGGGAUCGCCGCUACUGUUUAUGGGGGUGUGGGAUCGUUGCGUGAAAGCGGUCGAGAGGUCCUAGAAAGUCUGAAGGAAGGUCUUGGGUCUAGUCAGAAGAGGCCUUGGUAUCCUGCCAUCCGCGUCGCGUAUGCCUUUGUCCAGGCCGGCCAACUGAAGGAUCUGAAGCAGCUGAUCUAUGAGGCACCCUGUCGCCAGGAUGCCUUGUUCCAGUGGGGUAUUUGCCAGCUCUUGGGUGAGAUUGCAGCCGACUCUGUCUGGACCGUCGCCACUCGCCAACAAGCCAUUGACCUCCUUGGUUAUCUCUACAAGGAGGAUCAGGAAUGGGGUCGUGACGAGAGUGUCAAAGCAUGGAUGGUGACCAUCCUCGACAAGCUAAGAUCCGUCUCUGACCAAGCCAUCAACAGCCACGCCAUUGCUCAGUUCCAGAAGCUCGACUCGGGAAACACUCCCAGAACUCAGAACCCUUACCCACUGAGAUCUCAUCUCCCAAUCCCAGAGUCAUCUCCGAUCCUUGCCAAGGUCCAGAAGAUCCCUUACAUGGAGUACGAACUCUACAAGCUCCGAAUGCAGCGACUCGACGAUGCCAAACUGUCCGCCAAGCUGUCCAUCUACAUACCUCCCAUGGCCAAGGCCAACCUCCAAGCUCGGGACAACGAGGUCUUCCCACUCAUGGACAAGGUUAGGGACUUUAUGGCCGGCGACACUCAGGUCAUGCUUGUUCUUGGGGACUCGGGAGCGGGAAAAUCGACAUUCAAUCGACACCUGGAACACGAGCUCUGGCAGGAGUACAAGACAGGAGGCCGCAUCCCGCUUUUCGUCAACUUGCCAUCCCUCGAGCGACCAGAGAAGGAUUUGGUUGCGGAGCAAUUAAGGACCUACAACCUUUUGGAGGAUCAGAUCUAUGAGUUGAAGCUGCACCGCCAAUUUAUGUUGGUCUGUGAUGGAUACGACGAAAGCCAGCUUACAUCCAAUCUGCAUACCACCAAUCUCUUCAACCGAUCUGGGCAGUGGGAUGUCAAGUUACUCAUUACCUGUCGCACUCAGUAUCUCGGACCGGACUAUCGGAGUCGCUUCGAGCCAAAGGCGGUGGACCGGUACACUCGUGUCGUCAACGAUCUUUUCCAGCAAGCCGUCAUCGCCCCAUUCAGCAGGGAGCAGAUCGAGGGUUAUGUGGAGCAUUAUGUUCCUCUCGAGCCGCGUUCCUGGGUAAAGAAGGACUACAUGGACAAACUGGAGGCUAUCCCCAAUCUCAUGGAUCUAGUCAGGAACCCGUUCCUUCUUACUCUAUCACUGGAGGCCCUUCCUACCGUCGUGCAAGGGAAAACCGACCUCUACAGGCUUCGGGUCACUCGUGCGGAGUUGUACGACACUUUUGUGAGGCACUGGAUGGCUGUCAACAAGCGCCGUCUGGAGGAUCAAAGACUGGACAGGGAGAACCAGGUGGCUUUCGAGGAGUUGUUGGAGGCCGGAUUCGAGCAGAGUGGGGUCAAGUUUCAACAGGAUCUGGCAACUGCGAUUUUUGUACAUCAGGACGGCAGACCUGUUGUCGACUACAUCAACAAACACGACAAAUCUUCCUGGAAAGCGGCCUUUUUCAGCAUCGACUGCGAGACGAGUCUUCUCCGUGGCGCCAGUCUUCUCAGUCGAGCCGGCACUCAGUACCGCUUUGUCCAUCGUUCGAUCCUGGAGUAUUUUUUUGCCAGCGCCAUCUGUGGACUCAUCAAGGAGCACGGCGAAUAUGAUCCGCCUAUCCUUCCUGAUGCUUCCUUCACCUCACCCACCAUCAGCAUCCAUCCAUUGUCCCUGAGGAACCUUGCCGUAGAACCCUCGAUCAUUCAAUUUCUAGCCGAGCGCGUGCAGCUGGAUUCUGGAUUCAAGGACGAGCUCCUCACCAUCAUUGAGCAGUCCAAGAACGACAACCAAGCAGCUCAAGCCGCUGCAAAUGCCAUCACGAUCUUGGUCAAGGCAAGGGUACGAUUCAACGGAGUCGAUCUUCGAGGUAUUCGCAUUCCAGGAGCGGAUCUUACCGGUGGGCAGUUUGACUCUGCACAACUACAGGAUGCCGACUUGACAGGUGUCAAUCUCUCCAAGACAUGGAUUCGACAGGCGGAUCUCAGCCGCGCAGGCAUGGGUGAAACUCAAUUUGGAGAGCUGCCAUGCUUGGAGGAGUUGGAGGGGGUCUCGUCAUGCGCCUUCUCGCUGGACGGCAAGUUUCUCGCGGCAGGUCUGUACAGCGGCGACAUCAGCAUCUACGACACUGUAACUUGGACAAAGAUUCAAGUGUUUCAAGGGCACCAGAAAGCCGUUACAAGUCUUGCUUACUCGCCGAACAGCCAACAACUUCUUUCUGGCAGCUGGGACAAAACAGCACGCCUUUGGAACAGCGAGACUGGAUCAACCGAUCUCAUUUUAGAGGGACACCCCAACGAAAUGAAGGCGGGGGCGUUCUAUGCCAUGUCUUCUAGCAUUUUGGAUGAAGUACCAAGAUUCCGGACCAGCGAGACUGGAUCAGCCGAUUUCAUUUUGGACGGACACUCAAACGAGGUGAGGGCGGUGGCGUUCUCUCCAACGGGCCAGCAGGUCGCAACGGUCAGUAACGACCACUCGGUGAUACUCUGGGAUGCUCGGACCGGUGCUUCCGUUUUCGUUUUGACCAACAGAGCUGGCGCCUAUAGCAGCAUUGCCUAUUCGCCCAACGGAAACACCAUUGCUUCCACCGGCUGGAAUGAAACGAUCCGAAUAUUCGACACACUCACCGGAUUGCUUAUUCUGGAGUCUUGCGAGGGCAACGAUUGGAUUAUGAGUCUAGCAUAUUCACUUGAUGGCCAGCGAAUCGCUACAGGCUCCUUAGGAGGUCAAUUGCAACUAUGGGAGGCAGCAACGACCACCCUAGUGCCUGGAUGGAAAGAGAUGGCACACACACAUGGGGCGGCACACACGCAUGGAAUUACCAGUAUCGCCUUCUCACCCGAUGACCAAUGGAUCGCCUCAUCCAGUUUUGACCGUACAGUGAAGCUGUGGGACUCCCGUUCUGGCGCACUUAUCUCAUCAUUUGUCAGCCAAAUGGAUUGUGUCAGCUGCGUUCGGUUUUCACCAAGUGGCUCGUAUAUUGCCUCAGCAAGUUACGAUAAGACUCUACGACUGUGGGAGGUGAACCCGCUUACAACAAGAUUCGACUCUCAUGACAUAGUAGACCCACAGUUAUGCGUGACAUACUCUCCGGACGGACGGCAGCUCAUCACUGGCAGUCGAAACGCACCCAUGCGACAAUUCAACGCGGAUUCGGGAGACGUCGACUUCGUUUUUCAAGAUCACCUGUACGGCGUACAUUGCAUUGCAUUCUCCCCGUGCGGUCUCCGGCUAGCCGUCGGCAGUGAUCAGCAAGUGACUCUAUGGAGCGCCGAAUCCCGCGCUGCCCCCUUUGUUCUUCCUGGGCACGAGUCUGUCGUGAGUACUGUGGCCUUCUCGCCUUGUGGUCGCUGGCUUGCUUCUGGUGGUUACGACGGCACGGUGCGGUUUUGGGAUACCUAUUCAGGAGCACCCGAUCAUGUUCUAAGAAAUCACCCGGAAUACGUUUAUAGUGUUGAGUUUUCUCCAGAUGGUCGCUGGAUUGCUUCGGCAUACGGUGAGGGAAAGGCUCUACUCUUAGAGGUAGUCACUAGCGAACUCGAUGCGGAAAGGACGAUCAAUAUUGUUUUACACAGAGAGAAUUUUGUCGUUGAUAAACUUGGUUGUCUCCAGGAGGCCUCCUGCGACGGAGAUGGCACCAUUCGAUUGUGGGACUACAACCAACAACACCAAAGUUUGCGAUAUAUCUUGAAGGAGGACCAGGAGGGCAGCCAGCUUACGUUCUCUUCCUGCAGCCAAUGGGUAACAACAGCGCACAACACCAGUGUUCGGCUCUGGAAGCUGCCAUCCCCGGAGCAUGGUCAGCAGGCGCUACCGCUACAGGUCCAGGAUUGUGUGUCAGUCAUUGAGGGGUUUACAAGAUCUGUUAACGACGUUGUUUGGAGGCCCAACACGUUGGAGUUUGCGACGGCAAGUAUUGAAGGAUCGAUCCGUGCCUGGCGGGUGGUGGAGGACAAUGAUGGGUCUGGAAGAGUUUCUGUUGAUUUGGUGUGGUCCUCUGGGCCUGCUGUGCUAGUCGCCUCUGGUGCCGUUCUCAAUGGUGUUGUUGGUCUCAGUGCAAUGAAUCGCAGGUUGCUCGAGCAGCGCGGCGCUACUGGAUCAGCAUCAUCCGACUAG